GUGUGCAAAAUAGCUACAAAAUAUACCAUUCCUUUAGAAGUACCCUGCUAGCUCCCAAAAGUUACGCAGCAUAAAGUGUUUGGCUUUUGUUUUCCUGACAGACGCUGGGGUUCCUGCGGUUCCUGGAUUUAACUCUGCUGCUGCAAUAAAACAGAUCUUGUCCGCUCAUCUGACGCUCAACACAGAUGGACCAGCAGGCCCAGUCCUAUAUGCUUGCCAGUCUGACGCGGCCCCACUCUGAGCAGCUGUUGCAAGGCCUCCAGCUGUUGCGGCAGGACCAUGAGCUGUGCGACAUUGUGCUGCGCGUGGGUGAAUGCAAGAUCCAUGCCCACAAAGUGGUGCUGGCGAGCAUCAGCCCCUACUUCAAGGCCAUGUUCACGGGCAACCUGUCAGAGAAGGAGACCUCCGAGGUGGAGUUCCAGUGCAUUGACGAGGCUGCGCUACAGGCAAUCGUUGAGUAUGCCUACACUGGCACGGUAUUCAUCUCACAGGAAAGAGUGGAGUCCCUACUGCCAGCUGCUAACCUGCUCCAGGUCAAGCUGGUGCUGAAGGAGUGCUGCUCCUUCUUAGAGAGUCAGCUAGAUGCUGGGAACUGUAUAGGCAUCUCACGCUUCGCUGAGACCUAUGGCUGCCAUGAUCUCUGCCUGGCUGCCACUAAAUUCAUCUGUCAGAAUUUUGAAGAGGUGUGCCAGACAGAGGAGUUUUUUGAGCUGACACGGGCAGAAUUGGAUGAAAUAGUGUCAAAUGACUGUCUGAAGGUGGUAACGGAAGAGACUGUGUUCUACGCCCUGGAGUCGUGGAUCAAGUACGAUGUGACUGAGCGGCAGAAGCACCUAGCUCAGCUACUGCACUGCGUCCGCUUGCCUUUCCUCAGCGUUAAGUUCCUCACCCGCCUCUACGAGGCCAACCACCUUAUCCGGGAUGAUCACGCCUGCAAGCACCUCCUCAACGAGGCCCUCAAAUACCAUUUCAUGCCUGAGCACCGGCUCUCCUACCAGACAGUGUUGUCCACAAGGCCACGCUGUGCUGCCAAAGUGCUCCUUGCUGUGGGAGGCAAGGCUGGACUCUUUGCCACCCUCGAGAGCAUGGAAAUGUACUUCCCUCAAACGGAUUCAUGGAUUGGGCUUGCCCCUCUUAGUGUGCCCCGCUAUGAGUUUGGAGUGGCAGUGUUGGACCAGAAGGUGUAUGUGGUGGGUGGCAUCGCCACACACAUGCGACAGGGCAUUAGCUACCGGAGACAUGAGAGCACAGUGGAGAGCUGGGACCCUGACAGCAACACGUGGUCCACAGUGGAGCGCAUGGCAGAGUGUCGCAGCACCCUGGGGGUGGUGGUCUUGGCUGGGGAGCUCUAUGCCCUUGGGGGCUAUGAUGGCCAGUACUACCUACAGUCUGUAGAAAAAUAUGUCCCCAAAGUGAAGGAGUGGCAGCCUGUGGCACCUAUGACCAAGUCACGCAGCUGCUUUGCCACGGCUGUGCUGGAUGGCAUGGUCUAUGCCAUUGGUGGCUAUGGCCCCGCCCAUAUGAACAGUGUGGAGCGGUACGACCCCAGCAAGGAUGCCUGGGAAAUGGUAGCCCCCAUGGCAGACAAACGGAUCAAUUUUGCCGUUGGUGUCAUGCUAGGGUUCAUAUUUGUGGUUGGGGGACACAACGGGGUAUCACAUCUGUCCAGCAUUGAGCGGUAUGACCCACACCAGAACCAGUGGACAGCCUGUCGGCCCAUGAAUGAACCACGCACAGGGGUUGGCUCCGCGAUCGUGGACAACUAUCUCUAUGUGGUGGGGGGUCACUCGGGAUCAUCCUACCUGAACACUGUCCAGCGAUACGACCCCAUCACAGACAGCUGGCUGGACUCAAGCGGCAUGAUGUACUGCCGCUGUAACUUUGGCAUGACUGCUCUUUGACCCAUGGCACCCCUGGGUAGGACUCCUUAAGAAGAGAGAGAGAGAUGAGCCCGGCUGGCCCCAGGGAACCACAGAUGGCCAGAGUGAACAAUCAUGUCUGGGUGGAGGAGAGGAGCAGAUCACCAUGUAUCUUGUCACAGAGAAGAGAUGAUUGCUGCUGGACCACAAUGACAACUUUUCACAGGACUGUGGGUGAAAACUGUCACUUUUUUAAAUUGUAGACUUUUUUUGUGUUCAUUUGUUUUUUUUCUGCUAUGAACAGAACAUGUUCCAUUUUUUUUUUUUUUUCUAGAUCUUUAAAGUAUGUGUGUGGCGCAGAGUGUCUGUAUGCUUGUGAGUAGACGCAUGAUUGUUCUUCUGUGUCUGUGUGCAGGACUAAAGCUCAGGCAAGGUGAUCGGCUCACAGUUUGAAAUGUCUGCAUCUAAAUCAGUGCUUCACAAAGAGAGAUCUGAAUAUUUAUAUUCACUUAAAGGGCUGCCUUUUUUUUUCUCUGUAAAUAAUUUAAAUUAAAAGAAAUGUAUAGAUAUUAAUAUCCUCUAGUGCAUUGCCUGUAAAUGUUUUUUUGCACUGGGUUACUAGUUAUGGUAUGUGUGUAUACAUGUAUUUGAUUCAAGGGUUGAAGAAGAGGUUGUGAAGGAUUAACAAACCCCACUGAAUUCUCUUGAGUACUUGCCACCUGUCUUUCAUCCUCGGAGCAAUUGCUAAAUCCCCAUCUUACGGCUUCUGUUAAAUCUUCCUGAGGUAGGGUCACACUUCAUCCCUCUUCAUAAGUGUUGAAAAGUUAUCCUGUCCCGCUUUUCACUGCUGGGUUUGUACACAAUACUAACUGGUGCUAUUAGGAUUCAGGAUUCA